AUGGAUGAGACAGGUCUGUUCUAUUCAUUGGCUCCUGAUCAUACAAUUGUAUCUCGUCAAAUUGAGGGGUUAAAAAAAGACAAAGUAAGGAUUACAAUUGCACUUAUGGCCAAUGCUGAUGAUCGUGAUGAAGCCAGUAAAAAUGAUAUAUACAAGGUUGAUCAGUUGCAAGUAUCUGUUGAAACUAUUAAAAAUUGUUGGGCCCACACAAAAAUUGUGUUAUCUCGUAAUAAAACCAGAAUGCUUAUUGUUUCUUCUCUUUCUAUUGUCUAUAUUGAAAAUGCAAAAGAAAAUAUAAGUGUGGAAACAAAUAUUGAUAACAAAAAUAAAGGCAUAGAAAAAAAUAAUGAAGAACAAUUUACUGAUGAUGAUUUUGUUCAAGGCACUAUUGAAAUAGAACAAGUAGAAGAAAAAGAAGCUAUGGAACUAUCUUUGACUCUAAAAGAACAAUUAAAUAUUCUAUAUGAAGCCUUGAAAAUUGUUGUUGAAAUGGUUGAAGAUAAUGAAGCAACAAUAAGAUCUUUGCACAAGGUACAAGCUCAUAUCUAUGAGGAAAUUAGAAAAGAAAAAAAUGAACAGCAA